CGCGCCCCUGCCCUCUUGGCCAUGGGGGUCCCCAAGAGGAAGGUCUCGGGCGGCCGGGACGGCGCGGCUGCCCCGGCCGGCGCAGCCAAGCGGGCCCGCACCGAAGAGCUCACGGGCGUGAGCUUCAAGGCUCAGCUGAGGGAGCCGCAGGGCGCGGGGCCGGCCCUGGAGGCAUUUGUUUCCGCUGCUAAGAAGCUCCCCCGAGAAGACGUGUAUGAUGUUGUGGAGGGGUACAUCAAGAUUUCUGUGGAGUGUGCCGAGAUUUUCCAGCUCCUGAGUGGGGAGAAGCGCCCUGAAAGUGAAAUGCUUUUAGUAUUUCAAGUUUUUGAGGCCAUAUUAUUGCGGACAGCCAGUGACCUUUCCCAUUUUCACGUGGUGGGGACCAACAUUGUGAAGAAGCUGAUGAAUAACCACAUGAAGCUCAUCUGUGAGUCCCUGUAUGCCUCGGGUUACAGGAUGGCUCGAGCCUGCCUGAACCUGAUGGCCGCCAUGGUGACCCAGGGUCCCGAGGCCGCCAGAGACGUCUGCAGCCAUUUCGAUUUGAAUAAGAAGACCUUGUACACCCUGGUGACCAAGAGGGAUCCAAAGGGAGUACAUGACGUCCGGCUGGCCUACAUUCAGUUUGCCCUUUCCUUUCUGAUUGCCGGUGAUGACAGCACCAUCACGCAAGUGCUGGAGUUGAAAGAAUUUAUUCCAUGCAUUUUUAGCUCAGGCAUCAAGGAAGAUAGGAUCUCCACCAUCAAUAUUUUGUUGUCCACACUGAAAACAAAGGUAGUUCACAAUAAAAAUAUCACAAAAACCCAGAAGGUGCGUUUCUUCACUGGACAAGUGCUGAACCACAUAGCAUCUCUCUACAGCUGGAAGGGGAUUGUUGACGUGAGCCUGGACAGCGUCGAGACUUCUGCUGAAGACGCAGGGAAGACCAUGGUGCGGGAGCUUGUUCAUAACUUCCUGAUGGAUCUGUGCUGUUCGCUCAAGCAUGGGAUCAAUUUUUACGAUGCAUCUCUCGGUACCUUCGGCAGAGGAGGAAACCUGACUCUCCUGCACUUCCUGCUGGGUUUGAAAACUGCAGCAGACGAUGAGCUGGUCGCUGAACUGGUGGUGAACAUUCUGAAAGUGUGUCCGGACCUACUGAACAAAUACUUCAAGGAAGCGACGUUUUCCUUUCUCCCGAGGCUGAAGUCCACUUGGUCAAAUAACAUCAGACUGCUAAACAAGAUCUACGCUGCCCAGCCGGACAUCUCCCGGGCGUUUCAGACCCGAGAGUUCAUCCCGCUGCCUCGGCUCCUGGCCAUGGUGAUGGUGACCACCGCACCUCUGGUGUGCAACAAGAUCAUGUUCACGCAGGCGCUGAACUUGGACAGCGUAUCCGUGAAACACACAGCUUUAUCCCUUGUCGCCGUCAUUUUGAAGAGAGCCUUGAAGACCAUCGAGCACUGCCUGAAUAAAGAGGCCUGGCAGGAGUCGGGCGUCUACACGGCCGCCAUGAUGGAAGACUUCGUGCGGCUCUUCAGAGAAGCUCUGAGCAAGAUUUUACCAGACCUGAAUGCCAUCGUCUGGGUCUGGCAGUCUCUUAGGAAGCAGGAUGCAGAACAGGAGGACGAGAAAGGAAAGAAAAACGCCAGCAGGGCUGCUGCUCCCUGCGUGGCCCCUGAGAGCGAUGAUGCAGAAACCGUUCUUCUGAAAGCCGUGCUGCUCCAGGUCAUUUGCCUCUACCAGAAGGUGGUCCCACACGUGGUCAUGCAGUACAACUUUGACUUCAGCAAGCUCCUGAGAGGGGUCAUCUCAGAGGAGGGCCUGCGGGAGGAGGUGCCCCCGCUUCUGCAGCACCACAUUCUUAAGGUAGCCCUGGAGCUGCCCGCCAGCAAGUUUCUAUGGUUAAAGGCCCAGGAAGGCCCAGAUGCAGAAAUUAUUGGAGGCAAGCGAUCGGUGUUUUACUUACUGAUGAAAAUGUUUGUGACCAGUGGCCAUUCACAGCUCAAGUCAUCAACCAAACUUCUGAUUGUGAAGAUCCUGCGGGACACGGGCGUGUUUGAGCAUACCUGGCCAGAGCUGGAGCUGUGGCUAGAGCACUUGGAUGACACGGCGGAGGAGAACAAGGAGGCCGUGAUUCAGUUUCUGGAACGCGUCCUCCUGACGUUGGUGGCGAAUCCGUAUUCGUACACGGACAAGGCGUCUGACUUUGUCCAGGAAGCCAGCGCCCUGCAGGCUCCCGGGACGCGGCAGGACGCCGAUGACUCCAGCAUUCCCAUCUCCCACAUCGACGAUGUCCUCGACAUGGUGGAUGUGCUGGUGGAGGGCAGCGAAGGCUUGGAUGAGGAGGUUGGCUUCGUCCUGAAUGAAGACAUGAUCCUCCUCACGUUCCCAUUCAGCGCCGUGGUCCCCGCCGCCCUGGAGGCCAGGAAUAAAUUGCUCCUUGGAACAGAAAGCAAAGCAGGAGAGAGCAUCGUGGCGUACCUGACCGGGGUUCUCACUGACCUGCUCCACACCCAGAGAGACCCGCUGGCCCUGUGUCUUCUGCUUCAGUCUUACGACCAGUUGGAGCCUCCGAGCCUGCCUUGCCGCUGCCUACUGUCCCAGUUCAACAAAUACUACAGCCUCUGGAUCCCGGAGCCAGCCCGCGAGGCCCUGCCGCUGCAGACUUCAGGCAGCCCUGCCCCGCCAGGCCCCGCGGCCCCGUCCUUCUCCUCCCUGCUGCAGACGGCCUACGCCAGUCAGGACCAAGGCCAGGGCCCAGGUGGGCUCCUGCUCCUGGACGAGGGGGUUCAGGCGCAGCUGCGGGCCGCCCUCCUGCGCCUCCCGAUGCACCAGGCCCUGCGUGCCGCCAAACACCUGCUGCUGUACAUCAGGAGCGCCGUGGAGAACUUCGCCCAGCUGGGCCGGAGUGCCGGGCCGCCCCUGCUGCAGUUCCUCCUGGAUCUCCUCCGGCGCCUGGUCAUCCACUGCCAGCAGCUGGACGCCCAGAACCAGCAGAAGUGCCAGGCCGCCCAGGCGGAGUCCGACCUCUUUGUGGACAUGGAGUCCGUGGCCUCUCUGGAGCUGGCCAGCGACAAGACGCUGGAGGAGGUGCUGGUGGCUGUCCUCAGACACCCCACGCUGGAGGGCUGGUUCCUGGCCCUGGAGCAGCAGGCCCUCCCGCCGCAUGCCCUCAGCCCGGUCCUCGUGAAGCUCCUGGCGGCUAGCCUCAGCUCGGGGAUCCUUCCACUGCUGGUGGCCAGUGCCCCGGCCCUGCGGAGCCUCGGUCAGCUGGGCCUGCUGGCCAGGUACUCAGAGGCCGUCACCCAGAGUGUCCUUCGUGAGCUGCGCAGCCCGAGGGCCGGCUCAGCCACAUCGACGCCGAAGACCCUCCUCCCUCCGCUCGAGGCCCUGCGGGAGCUGCACCCCUACAUGGAGGACGCCCCGCUCCGGGAGGUCACCCUGGCCCUGCUGAGCCUGCCCGAGGCCCGCCUGGCCACCCAGCGACCCACCCAGCCCCCCCGGAAGGAGAAACCGCUGACCGCCCUCGGGAGGACCCUGGUCCAGCUGCUGAGCAGCCACGCCCAGGAGAAGCCGCAGAGUGGGGAGCUCCUCUGGGCCUCCGAGUACGUGCGGGGCCUGGCGGCUCUGCUGCCCACGCUGGCCGUGGCUGAGCUGGACGCCGUGCUGCUUGGGGCUCUGCAAAGGGAGCCGGCGCUGGUCCCCACGGUCGGGCUAACCCUGCUCGACGACUGCCUGGCGCGGCGGACGCCAGCAGCCCUGGCCACGGCGGCCCUGCUCCUGCGGCACAGCUGGCCGCACCGGCUGCGCUUCGAGCGCUGGUGCCAGCGGGCCGGCUCCGGACUCCGCCUGCGGGAGGCCCCAGACGACUUCCUCCCCGUCGUCCACGUGUACCUGCAGGGCAGGACGCAGGGGCGCUUCACACGCCCCACAGGAGCUUCCUCCGCUGUCAUUCCUGUCUUGAGGAAGGCUCUGUGGACGCCGCUGCAGACCAGGCUUCUCAGUGCUGAUGGGCCCCCAGAGUCCGGGCUGCCACAGCAGAUCCUGGCCCAGCUGGUCCCGUUUGCCAGAGCCAAGGACCUGCGUGCCCUCAUGGACCGCUUGCCCAGCUUGCUGCAGACUCCAGCCAGUCACACGAGCUGGGUCGUGGCUGACGCCGUCUCAGCCAUCCUGGAAGGGUCGGCAGAAGAGCUGCAAGCCUGGAAGAAGACUCUACUGAAGGCCUGUGUGCAGUGGCUAAUUGCAUCCUUCAGUGGCGGCCAGCAGGAGGAUGGUCCCCAGGAUCAGGAGAAGCAAAUGCUGCUGAGGUUAAACGAACUGUUGAAUUCACUUAAGGAAGUUGACCCUGGUGAUUGGCAGAAAUUUGUGAAGACCGGACUCAAGUUUCGGUAUCAGGACCGCGCGUUUUUGGAAGCCCUCCGUGCCGCCACGCAGCUGUUGUAUCUCCCAGAAAGCGCCGCGUGCUCGCAGCUCAUCCAGCUCCCGGUGGUCCACAUGAUGCUCACCCAGCACUCCCUGUUCCUGCCCACCCUGCUGAGGGUUGCAGAGGAGGAGCCCGCAGACAGCCCCGUGAGAGAAGCGCUGGUGGAACUGAUGGCGGUGGUGGUGCAGCUGUGCCCCUCUGUCUGUGCAAGCAGCCACUUUGCGGUGCUCCUUGGGGCCUAUGGUGCCUCACUCAGCAUCCUGGACCAGAAGAUCUUACUUCUCCUCCGGGCCUACGAACAGAACAACCACAGCCUCGUCAGCUUCAGGGUACUGCUGUGGGGCCCAGCGGCUGUGGAGCAUCAGAAGACGUGCCGGAGCCUGGGCAAGUCGCUAUGGCAGCAGCCGAGCGUCGGGGACAUCCUUCGCCUGCUGGAUCGCGACCGCAUGAUGAAGACCAUCCUCCACUUCCCCCAGAACCGGAGGCUGCUGCCCCCCGAGGACGCACAGGAGCCGAUAUUUAGAGACCAGAGUGCGGUGGAUCUCGGGGACCUUUAUGACCCCUGUUUCCUCCUUCAUCUCUUCAGUGAACUGACCCGGCCAGAAUUUGUGGUGGAUUGUAGAAAAUUCGUGGAUUCAAAUGCUCUGGGCCUGACUGUCGCGGCCCUCAGCAGCUACGACCCACACAUGCGCGCCGCAGCCUACGCGGCGCUGGCGGCCUACUACUCGCAGCUGGAGGGGGCACGCUUCCGGGAGCAGCCCCAGGUACUGUACCUGUUGGACGUGGUCCGGAACGGGAUCCGAACCAAGAACAUGAGACUCACCUUCACCCUGGCUCUCUUCAUUGCCAAGGCAGCCUUGCAGAUUUUGAAACCAGAGGAGUGUAUGUACAUGAAGAUCAACAGGUUCCUGCUGUCCCACGAGUACCUGAACAUGAGCAAAGUUCCAGGCUUCUACCAGUUCUUCUACAGCUCGGACUUCGAGCAGAAGACGGAGCGGGAGUGGGUGUUGGGGCUUCUCCGCCAGGGAAUGCGGGACACACACUGCUUCAAGCUGUGCGCCAGGCGGGGUGUCCUCCACAUCGUCCUGUCCUUCUUCAGCAGCCCACUGUGCGACGAGGCGGCCCAGAACUGGAUUCUGGAGAUUCUGCAGAAUGCCGCCCGGGAUGCCAGGUCUGCCUAUGAGAUGCUGCGGGACUACAGCCUCCUAACGUGGGUCUUAAACAUCCUGGAAAGCAAGUUUCUGGAGACUGAGCUGCUUUCCAACCUCAUCUCCCUGCUGCACACACUGUGGGUGACCACGCUGGGCAACAGAGAAGUGGAGCCCGGGGCGCAGCCUCCCUGCAAGCCUGGGUCUCAGGAGCCCCCGAAGCUGCUGGCGCUGCACCUGGUGGACGAGUUCCUCUACGUUCUCCUUGUGCUCACGAAGCACCUGAGGCCCACCUUGGCCUCUGCCCAGCUGACCGGCUUCUUCGGGGCGCUCGACUCGGUCCUGAGGUACCGGGCCACCGUGCUGCAGGCCUUCAAGGACAUGAACCGUCUGACCGUGAACGCCACGGUGCUGUCCACCCGGGACGUCCUUGUGCUCCUGCACAAGUGGAGCCUCCUCGAGAGAGACGUGCGGCUCCAGGAGGACCUGAGGGCUGCCGCGGAGAAGUGCCAAGUCCGGGAGCUGCUGAAGAUGCUCAAGGAGAAAAACAAGCCCGAUGCCCCCGCCCGAGCCAAAGGCCUGCGGGCCCGGAAGCGGAGACCCGGCGAGGCGGAGGAGGCGGCCGACCCCAAACUGCUGGCGUCCACCCUGGAGGCGUGCCGGGGCCUCCUGAGGUCCAUCCUGACCCACUGGGGGCCCGAGUUCCCCGGCGCUGACCCAGAGUGUGAAGACCCUGGCCCCGUGGGUGUCGUCACCUCCCUGGUGGCCGGCUGGGUGCUGCGCUCCACAGCCGGGAGCACACUUGGCCGGGCGGACACGGCGGGCCUCCUGGGCUGGCUCGAGAGCCACGUCCUGCCGCGGCCGGCAGUGGUGGCUGAGCUUCUCCGCGACAGCACCGUGACGAGCGGCCUGUUCCGCCUAUACAGCCGGUUCUGUGGCACUGCAGAGCCGGUGGAGCUGGAGGACCGCUUGCCUGGCCUCUUCAACGCCGUCCUGCUGCGGCUGGUGGCAGCCCGGGGCGCUGCGGGGAGCCCCCUCCAGCCGGUGCUCGAGGCCGUCCACCUCUCCUCCCUGGACACCGAGGAGGAUGCAGACACACAAGCCGCUGCUGCAUUCCUGGUGUCUCUGUACAUUAAGGACAUCUGGCUGGGGGCCCAGCGGCCAGACACCCUCCUGAGCCAUGUCCAGAUGGUCCUCGACGCCGUGGAGAACUCAGGAGGGGGCGACGAGGAGGCCAUCGUCCGGCUCUGCAGGGACAUCGCGGCCACGGUCCCCGACACCUGACCCUUGCGGCUGGCACCUCCGGCUCCAGGUUCCAGGAGUCAAGUUGAGUCGGGGAUUUCCAUGGAAGGCCUGUGAGACGCAGGCUGUGCGUGCCGACCUGCUGUUCUGACGGGAAGCCUUGGUUUCCUUUAGGUGACUGAUACAGAAGAAGCUCAAAGGACCGUGUAUGCAGAGAGGUCAGGGUUACAGGUGGCCUGGGCGGCCCUAGGCCCACGAGCCCCGGUCAGGGAGACCCUUCCUCUACGGCGCUUGCUGUUCCUCAGAGAAAUGCCUCAAACUGAGGUAACCCUGAAGUUGAAAUGUCUAAAAGUAUAUGAGACACAGGAGCCUGAAGACAGAUGGGUCACGUUUCCUCUUCAUAAGAAGUCGCAGCAGAGCUCUGUGUAACUUUUUGAAUAAACAAGCCUUUCCAGGAUUGUGUUAAAGUUAUUUUACUAAAAAUUCCUUUGG